GAACGCAUACUUGAGAAGUGCACCACAAUUAUCACUGACGGCAAAGAGUUGCCAUUGGAUGCCAAAGUAAGGCACCAGUUUCAGGCCGCCUAUGAGGAGCUUGGUAGUUUGGGCGAACGUGUUAUUGGUUUGUGCGAUAAAUUCUUGCCGGAAAACAAAUAUCCGUAUGAUUUCCCGUUUGACGCCGAGAGAGAGAACUUCCCGAUGGAUGGCCUCAGGUUUAUAGGCAUAGUGUCGAUGAUAGACCCGCCCCGACCGGCGGUGCCCGACGCCGUGAGCAAGUGUCGCAGCGCUGGCAUCAAAGUGAUUAUGGUUACCGGCGAUCACCCCAUUACUGCAAAAGCCAUCGCCAGAGCCGUCGGUAUUAUUUCAGAUGAAAACGAGACCAAAGAGGAAAUGGCUCUCAGGCUUAAGACAGAUGUCGACAAAAUUGAUCCCCGGUCGGUCAAAGCGGCGGUAAUCCACGGCCAGGACUUGAAGGACUUCACACCCGAAGACUUGGACUCAAUAUUGCGAAACCACACGGAGAUUGUGUUCGCGCGGACUUCACCGCAACAGAAGCUGAUUAUAGUGGAGGGCUGUCAACGUCAGGGAGCGAUAGUGGCCGUCACGGGUGACGGUGUGAACGAUUCACCGGCGCUCAAAAAGGCCGACAUCGGUAUAGCGAUGGGUAUCGCCGGCUCC